AUGUUUGCUGCAAGGUUUGAUCCUACUAAGGUGACUGAAAAUGUACUAACAGCUGAAGUCACACAAAUAAAAGAACCCACUGUGCCCCAAAAGAGGAAAAGAGAUGCGGAAACUGAUGAUGAAGGCUCUGGUGAGGACGAUGCUUCCAGCAGUGAGGAUGAUGCUUCCAGCAGUGAGGAUGAUUCCGAUACAAUUAGUGAGCAAGAUGAAAACAAGGUUGCAUCUGUUGCGCCUACAGAAACUUCUCAGCAAUCAGUUGAUGCAAAGCACAGUUCCGUAUUAAAUAGAUUUCAACAGACUCUUUCCCUGCAAGGUGCGUUGAGCGCUUCAGACAAGGUCAGUAGUGACAACGAUGUACACGAUGAGGACGUAUCCAUGAAAGAUGUUCACAGUCUUACCCCAAUUCCUCAACCGGCCAAAGUGACCAAUGAAGCCUUGAAGCUUCUAGAUCCGUCUACAUAUAAAUCCACUGCGUGGGAUGCAGCAACCAAAAUUCAUUACGAUAGUAAAAUGGUUAAACAAUUCGAUAGCUACGAAGGUGAAUUAGAUGCACGUCUGCUUAAAAAUAUUACCUCCAAUUUCUCAUCUGAAACGUUCCCUAUUCAGACCAUUCUAUUCGAUAAAGUGCUCCCGCUUCUAAACUCAUCUUUUAAAGCAAACAGAAAACUUUUCACAAGACGAGUUGGUGAUAUAUUAGUAAACGCAUCAACUGGUUCCGGUAAGACCUUAGCAUAUUCUGUCCCUUUGGUUCAAAUUUUGAGAUCUAGAACAGUGAAUAAAGUUAGGGCAAUAAUUUUGGUUCCUACUAAAAUUUUAAUUCAUCAAGUCUACGAUUGUCUCUCUAAACUAAGUCAAGGGACCAGUCUCAAUGUAUCAAUGUCGAAACUCGAGAACUCCUUGAAAGAAGAACACAACAAAUUUUUGUAUAACUCUCCAGACAUUCUAAUCAUCACUCCGGGCAGACUGGUCGAUCACUUGCAGAUGGAAUCAUUUGACCUAAAAACUUUGAAGUUCUUAGUCCUUGAUGAAGCAGACCGACUAUUAAAUCAGUCAUUCCAAAAUUGGAACCAAGUGCUUUUCCACCAUUUGACAAACGAUAAGCAGGAUAAACGUCCAGGAAACGUAAUCAAAAUGGUCUUUUCUGCUACUUUGACUACGAAUGCAGAAAAGUUGUACAAUUUGUAUCUCCACAACCCCAAGAUCUUCCUCACAGAUUCUGUUAAAUUAUAUUCAAUACCUAAGAAAUUGCAAGAACUCAAUGUCAAUAUUCCUACUGCUAAGAGUCUGUUCAAGCCACUACUCUUACUAAGAAUAAUACACGACAUCAAGAGCAGUGCUUCGAGAAACGCUAAAAUAUUAGUGUUUGUGAAGAGUAACGAAGCUUCGAUCAGAUUAGAAAGCUUAUUACAUGCCAUGUUAGGAUCAGGAAUAAUUGAAGAUGAGUAUAAUAUGUUCCUUUCAUCAAUUCAUUCGAACAUCUCGAAGGGUAGUAGCAGAAAACUAAUACAGGAAUUUGCAUCCUCAGAACAAAAGAAAUCAGUUUUAAUUUCAACGGACAUAAUGGCUAGAGGUAUCGAUAUAAAUGAAAUUACUCAUGUGAUAAACUAUGAUCUACCGAUCUCCUCUCAACAAUAUGUUCAUCGUUGUGGUAGAACUGCAAGGGCUAAUACUGAGGGUAUAGCAAUUAACCUUCUAGUUGGUAAGGGUGAACAGAAAUUCUGGUCACAACAUAUUGACACUGACCUCAGUCGUGACAUUGAUGGUUAUCAACCAUCUGCUUACCUUGACGAAGAAAAGUUGUCUGAAUUAUUCUCUAUUGAAGACACUUUGAAGGAUACGUACAAGGGUUGUAUCAAACAACUCCAAACCAGCAAAGAAGCAGACAGUAAAUAG